AUGGAUGAGGUGCACAGCCCGGGCGAGAUUGCUUCCUUAGUCCGGCUGGCGGAGCACCUGGAAGGUGCCUACGAGAAGGAUGACUCUCCGGAGCUCGCAGAAGCCAUGGACUUUUUCAUCGAGGCACACUCCCAGCGCUACGUUUUCAGGGACACACGCUAUGGGGCCAUGGAUCGCUAUGUCCAGCUCUUUCGCCGCUUGCAAGAGGAGCUUCGGCAGAUCAUAUGUUCGCAGCACAAGGAGAAGAAGGGGCGGGUGUUCACUUUGAGGAUACUGCAGUGCUUGCGGUUACUCACGCGCGAUCCCGAUUUCCAGCUUGCGCUGCUUGAAAAAGGGUGGAAGAAGUCGGCUUUCGAGGAGACGGAGCUUCCCAUGCAAAGCACGCAAGAGCGCGGUCGUGAGCUGCCGACGCCGGUGCCACCAGCCUGCUAUCGGGUGAUGGCACCAGAUCUUCCGGGGCUGCCGCCACCGAGCCUUCGUUCAGGAGCCUGUGCAUCUCCUCGAACCAGGUGGAGGAGCCCUGAGCCCAUGAAGAGGUCUCCCUCUGCGGAAGUCCUGGAAGAGGUCGCAUGCACAGGGCCGGGCUACCUGGCAGAUGUUCAAGCUGAGCGCGAGCGUUUCCGGCUCCCUCCAUUGGAAAUGAGGAGUGAGAGAAGCCAAAAGUCUGCAUACGCCCUUUCCAGCAGCCGUGCCCCAGAAGUACUGAGGAUCUUGCCGGAGCUUGUGUCGGAAUAUCUUGCAGAGGUAGAAGGUGGCUUUGGACAAGGAAUACAGUUCUACGAAGCCUCUACCAGUGGGAUCGCCAACAGGCUUGCCGUCACCGUGGCUGGCCUCUGCGUCUCUGAAAUCGCGGGCAUGCUCAAUCGCUAUGCGAGCACAGAGGACAGGCGGAGCCGACUGGCAGAGAUGGGUGCCUUGCCGUCCAUGGCAAGGCUCCUUCACAGAGACUGUCAUCCCCUUGUGCAGAGGUGCGCCCUUGAGACAGCCGUGCAGCUGACUAGGAGCCCAGGAGUCUUGGAGCAGCUGGAGCAAGCAUCGGCGCAGGAGAGCUUCAAGGCCAUGCGUGAGCAGAUCGGGACUUCAAAUGGCGACAGAGCCGCCACAAAGGAAGUUCAGAUAGGCUUGUUGCGUGGUUGUGUUGCUGUUGCACUUUGUCCGGAGAUGAGGCUUGGCACCAAAGCCAAGAUAGUUGAGGCAGUGGAUCAGGAGGAGGAGGCGAAGAAAAACGAAGCACGGGAACGGUCACGCAGCAGGGAGAAGAAGGAAACUCUCGAUCGGUUGGCCAAGAUUGCAGCAGACAAGGCUGCCGCCAAAGCAAAGGAGGCUGCCGAAGGUGAGGAACCGGCCCCUGAAGAGAAGAAGCUGAGCAAGGCUGAAGAAGCAAAGCUGCUUCUCUUGAAGGAGAAAGAGAAGGACCAUAGCCGUAACGUGUAG